AUGGCCCCAUUUGAACAGGUCUAUGUAUGCCCUCCCCUUGCUCCCACACCUACAGUUAUUGCCACACAAGAUUCGAGUUCAAACUCUGUUUUCUUGUUCUACCCUCCUGCUAUAGCUGCUUCUGCUCUCCCGCUACUGCUGAUCUCUUCCAUGACUCUAGCUGAUCUGUUUAGGGCAAAGCUCAAAGAGAAGAAACACAAAAAGGAGAAAAAGGAUAAGGAAAGAAAGAAAGAUAAAGAGAGAUAUGGAAGUGAGGAGAAACAUAGGGACAAGAAAGACCGAAAAGAAAAAGGCAAGAGCACGAAGGAAAAGCACAAGGAUAAAAAGAAGAAUAAGGAGGAACGUGGCAAAGACAAGGACAAAAGCAGCCUAUCCGAAGAGUUGACAGUUGCUGGGAAACUUGAGGAUAGGAGUGGAGGGAAGCUUCAGCCAAAAGUACCCAGCAAAGAUAGAGGUGGUUUCGGGAAUGAAGCGGAGGAUCAAAGAUGA